CGAGACGCCGAGAAGCACCCCACCCCCUGGCUCUCUCCCUCUCCCCGUAACUCUGCAACAUGAAAACUGGGGGGAAGAGCUAUGUGUCUUCGCCCCCUGCCUUUUCGAACGACGGGAAGCGUCUUCUCGUUUGCACAGGCAACACCGUCUCCAUCUUCAGCACCUCCACUGGCUUACAGAUUGCAUCAUUGGAAGGUCAUACGGCAUCGGUGACGUCGGUGAUUGUGGUGCCGGCAUCGAGCCCCGCUUCUAAGAUUUUGUGCUACUGCUGGACCGCCUCACUCGAUGGGUCGAUUCGGCAUUGGGAUUUUUCGGUGCCGGACUUAAUGAAGAAGGUCGAUAUUAAGAUGCCCAUUUUCUCCAUGGUGAUUCCAUCUUUAUUAGACCAACCAGUUGAGAACGAUGAGAAACCAAGUGAUCUUUUUGCUUAUCUGUCUGUUGAAGAUACCAUAGAACAAGAAAACAGGCCCAAAGCUAGGCGCGGACAGAUUCGGAAGUGUAACUUGACAGCAUCUCGUUUGAUUGGUGGAUUAAUAUUGAAAGAGACUCCAAAACCAGAAUUUGUAGCUGUUAGUUCAGUGGGAAAAUUCAUCGGCAUCAGAAAUAAGCGCAAGCUUCAUAUAUGGAUGGUCCCUGAAAAAGAUUCUGGGCGUUCAGUGUCAAAGAAAAUAACCCUGCAUCAUACAAAGAAUUUGACUGUUCUUGCAUUUCAUCCAUCUAAGAGGAUUGUAGCUGCAGGUGAUGUAACUGGGAGAAUUUUAGUCUGGCGGGGAUUUGGUUAUCGAACAUUUUCUGUCUGUGAUGAACUAGUGAGUGGAAGAUUGGUGGAUAAAGAGGAGGAAAGACCUGGGGUGAGGGGAAAUGACGAUGCUGAUUCUUGCUCCACAUGGCAUUGGCACUCUGCUGAAGUGAAUGUCCUCUUUUUCUCUUCUGAUGGAGCCUAUUUAUAUUCAGGUGGAAAGGAGGGAGUUCUUGUGGUCUGGCAGCUAGAUACAGGGAAGAAGAAAUUUUUACCACGAAUUGGAUCUCCACUUCUAUAUUAUACAGAUUCUCCGGAUCCUACACUUUCCUCUAUAUCUUGUGCAGAUAAUCAAAUUCAUAUACUGAAAAUGCCUUCAAUGGAGAUCUUGAAAUCCAUCUCAGGGAUCAAGCUUCCUCAUUCACUCCCAGGGAUAUACGAAGGUCUAUGUAGUGGGUUUGCAUUUGAUUACUCAUCUGGAUUGGUUGCCCAAUGUACAGAGAACUAUGGGAUCCAAUUCUAUAGCUUGUUUGAUGACCGUGGAAUAUAUGAGGUUCAAGUCUGUGAAAGAAAUCAUCAACCAGCUGAUGAAAUCACGGUUGUAGUGACUUUUGUGGCUGUCUCCCUAGAUGGAUCUAUGAUGAGUACUGUUGAAGCUAAGCUUCCUGAAGAGGGAAUAGGAAGUCUUGUUUGCCUUAAGUUUUGGGCAUUGAGUUCAGAAAACAAAAAGUUCAGCUUGUCAACUGUUAUUUAUGAACCUCAUAGGGAUGCUGGUAUUUCUGCUGUUGCUUUUCAUCCUACCCGUAAUGUGGCAGUUAGCUCAUCAUAUGGUGGGGACUUCAAGUUAUGGGUUUGCAAUGACGAGAUUCAGGAGAAAGGUCUGAUGCUUCAGAAUUCUGGCUGGAAAUGCUUGGCUGUUGGGGCAUACAAAAAAAAGCCAAUGACAGCUGCUGCAUUUUCUUGUGAUGGUUCUGUCCUGGCUGUUGCAGCAGAAACUGUCAUCACCUUGUGGGAUCCUAACAAGAAUGUUCUUGUCGCUGUGAUUGGAGAGACUCUCACGCCAAUCAUUACACUGUCCUUUGCUGGAAAUUCAGAGUAUCUUGUUUCCGUGUCCCGAGGUUCAAAGCCACAGCUCUCUAUAUGGAGCAUGUCAAAGUUGUCGCUAUCUUGGUCAUACAAGCUUCACAUUGAAGCUGUAGCAUGUGCAGUAAACCUAUCAUCUUUUGCCGUUCUUGCUCUUCUUCCUGAAUCAUCUAUAUGUAUGGAGUCUGAACCAUCGUUUCAAGGAAGAGAUGGGAUAAUCUUACUGUUCAAUGCAAUGGAUCCUGUUCCUGUUGCUACCUGGUCUGUAAAGAAGGCCAAGGGAGGUGGGGUUGCAUUUCUUCAAGGGUAUACUUCUUCCUUGAAACAGAAUAAUUCAGAUGGGAAUGCACAGCAAGAAUUGCUUGUGUAUAUAAACGGUGAUCAUGAGUACAUCCUCUUUGACCCAUAUGGCAAUGAAGCAAAUGAACUUGGCAUGUCCCAGCAGGACGGUCUAGUUGAGUUUGAAGAGACAGAGAAAUUUGGAUACGCAUCAAUUUAUGGGGAGUUACCAAAGUUAAACUUAACAAGAAACCAGACUUCGUUGGUGCCAUCUGUUCCAUCGGAGAGGCCUUGGGAGAGCAUAUUCAGUGGUUCAUCACAUAAUCUUCCACCCCUCACCAAAUUGUGUUCAGCAUUUUUGGAAUCAUUAAUGGAAAAGCGGACUGCGGUUGUUGAGUGACUUCCUCCGGUUCAGCUCUUCUGAGGAUAAGAUAUGGUGGAAAUGGUACUUAAUUGAUUUGAUCAUUCUCCCUUUACCUUCACCACAAAUAGAAUAUGAUUGCAGUCCGGGGAGAAUACUUAAAUAUAAUGAAGCGGUUUAGUUGAUACAGUGACAUGGCAUUGGCAAUGCUAUUUGGUCAACGGUGCGGUUCAACAGCUUUAUGCAUUAAGGUAAAUGGACCUGAGAAGAAUGUCAAAUUAAUGAAUGCCAAAGGUUUUUGGCAUUCAAAAACUGUAACCUUCUAUGUGACGUCGAUCCCAAAUUUAAGAUUCUCAGUGUUUGUUCCAUAAUUUAGGAGGGUGAAAGGGAGAGACGACAUUUUCUGUCAUACUGAAGACGGCUGAGUUUUAUUGGCUCAGAAAAUUUUGUGAUUGUGGGAGAGUGAAUCUGUGAAAAUAUUGCCAUUUUUUUU